AUGUUCAAUCCCAGUGGUAUCAUCUUUGAAUAUAUAGACCCGGUCAACAAGCCGUAUCAACGGUGUAAAGAAGACUCACCAUCGUGGAAAAAACGCUCUCUUCCUGGCGGGAUCAAGCAGAUCGACCACGUGCACCGAAUCGGACGCCAAGCCUCAGGCAACAACGGAGAAGCAUGCUUAACUCCGGGAUCCCCGAUCAAACGCCGCCCGCCAAAAAGGCUUAAGAGCAUCAGCAACUCCCUGUCAGACCCUCCGUGGUCAGCACGUCCUCCUCCCACUGCGCUUUUCCCUGGGUCAUCAAUCAUGCAGCUCAUCCCCUCCCAAUCCAUGUCUGCCCACCGGAAUCCCUCCUCCUCGGACGAUACCCCACCCGAAGAUAAUUGUUCCAACAACUCUACCCCGGCCUCAUCCUCCGCCUCGGGCGACUACAAUGCCGUGGCCCCUCGACCUCGGGGCCGAUGUCUCCAUUCCGCGCAAGUGCGCAUGUUGCUCGAUCGCUUUAGCAAGUCCGCAUACCAAAGCUACGUGCUCGGCUCGCCCGCCGCAGACCACCUGAUCACGCUUAGUAAAGUGAAUGUUUUCCGCGCCUUCGCCAGCAUCAUGUCCGUCCUGGGCAUGUCGCACACGGACAGCUGGAUGUACGAGGACGCCCUCUCCCCGUUCCCCACCAUGCCCGCGGGAUACGUCGAGGAACUCAAGCUUCCGCCGAGUCUGCGCCCGACCCAGCUCCAGCGGACGGUGCCCCAUCACCCAUGGCUGGAUUUUUUCCCCCACCCGCAGAUCCGAGAUAACCUACUCACGACAGGGGAGGACAAUUUCGACGACGAUCAGCUGUGUUGUGAUAUCAUGGGGUUCUGGGACUCGGGGAUGGAUGGGUGUAGUCUACUGGUGUGGGGGGAGCCGUCGGACCCGAAGAAUUGGGAGGUGACGGAGAAAUUCUUGAAGAAAUGGCCGUGGGUGGUCCGAGGGUGUCCAGACUUACUGCAGUCGACAAAUCACUGGCGACAGCAACGGGGGGAGAAGCUCAUUUUUCGAUAUUUAUAG